UAGAUUAUGAAAAAGAUAUAGGUUAGGUUAUACGUGUAUAAAAUACAAUUUAAAAUGAAUGAAGAAUCAUAUUUCAAGAAUAAAAUGGCAGAAGUAGAGGCAAAACAUACUCUUCACAGUGGUAUUUUUCAUCCUGUUUUACGACAAUGGCAAUCGCCAAAUAUAGAAAUUACGGUUAAUACUCUCAUGUAUCCUAUCUUCAUCUCUGAUGAACAAGAUGCUAAGGAACCAAUUCCUAGUAUGCCAGGUGUUUAUCGAUAUGGCAUUAAUCAUUUACGAAAAAUGUUACAACCAUUGGUUUUAAAAGGAUUACAAUCAAUAUUAUUAUUUGGAGUAUCAAAACAUCUAAAAAAAGAUCAUAUUGGAAGUAAUGCAGAUAGUAUAAAGAAUCCCAUUAUUAAAGCUGUACCAUUAAUAAGGGAAUGGUUUCCAAAUUUAUUAAUAGCAUGUGAUGUAUGUUUAUGUCCUUAUACUAUUCAUGGUCAUUGUGGAAUUUUAAAUGAAGAUGAAAGUAUAAAUAAUAAAGCUAGUAUUGAACGAAUUUCUGAAAUUGCUCUUGCAUAUGCAAAAGCUGGAGCUCAAAUUGUUGCACCAUCAGAUAUGAUGGAUGGAAGAAUAGGUGCAAUAAAAAAAAAAUUAGCAACAGCAGGAUUAAUGAAUAAAGUUGCAGUUUUAUCUUAUGCAGUGAAAUUUGCAUCAGGAUUUUAUGGACCUUUUAGAGAUGCUUCACAAUCUGCACCUAAAUUUGGAGAUAGAAAAUGUUACCAAUUACCUCCAGGAAGUAAUGGAUUAGCUGCUAGAGCAGCUGCUAGAGAUGUUGCUGAAGGAGCUGAUAUGCUUAUAGUAAAACCAGGAUUACCUUAUUUGGAUGUUGUUAGACAUACAAAAGAUGCACAUCCAGAAUAUCCGAUGUUUGUAUAUCAAGUUUCAGGAGAAUAUGCUAUGCUUUAUCAUGGUGCUCAAAAUGGUGCAAUAAAUUUAGAAAAUGUUUUAAAAGAAGUUCUUUUAUCAAUGAGAAGAGCAGGUGCUGAUUGUAUUAUAACAUAUUUUACACCAUUAAUAUUAGAUAUGUUGCAACCAAAAAGCAAAUAUUAGCAUCAUUAAUGUGAUUAAUAUUUGGUGUAGGAAAUAAAAUAUAUUUAUAAAUUUUA